GCUAAUAAACAUGAAUUAUGCUAUAUUAUUUGUUACGGUACUUUUUGCUAUCGUCCAAAAUACAGUGGCGGACGACGAUGAAGAUGUUUGUUGUGCACCGCGGUUUGUAGAUGGUGUCAAAAGCUGUCCUGACUUCGAGAAUCAGGGAUUAAAUGAGAAGGCCCUGGUGAUGGGAUUUCAAGGGGAAGACUCAGAUGGCCUGGUCAUGGGCGGCGCCUUUGAUGUUCUGAUGAGCAUUGACGAUGAAUACGAGCUCGAAAUAUCGGUCCAAAAGUUGACAGAGGUGGGUAAGGAGUACAUGUACGGAGCCGCCGCCAACAUCUGCGGGAGUAUGAAGGAGGAGGACGCACCCUGGUCGCCGGUCGUCAAGAGUGUCAAUAUCACAGGAUGCCCCAUAAAGGAGGGUGUGUACCCAAUGAGCGAAGUCGUUCUAAACUUAGAUUUCGCAUCAUCUUUAAUGAAACAUGAGUUCUGUGGCGAAUACGAGAUAGAAGUGGCCGUUUUAAAGGCUCUAGACAAGGUGGCUUGCUUCAUUUUGUCCAUAGAAGUUUAUGAGAAAUAAUGACAGAAAU